AGGAGGAGGAGGAGGAGGAGGAAGGAGAAGGAGGAGAGGAAGAGGAGGCCCGGCUGAUGCUCUCUCUCAGCACCGCAAGGGCCCCCGGUCUCUAGGCAUCGAGAGCCAGGAGGAGAGGCCAGGCUGGGGCGUUUUGCUCACGUGUAAAUCCUGGCCCUCAGAGGGAGACUGGACAUCCAGCUACAGCCAUCUGUCAUCUGUAGGUAGUGAGUGAGGAAUAAGCCAUGCCUGUCCUGUCUGAAGAUUCAGGUUUGCAUGAGACCCUUGCCCUUCUGACAUCUCAGCUGAGACCAGACUCAAACCAUAAAGAGGAAAUGGUGUUCCUGAGAGACAUUUUCAGUGAGAAAAGUCUCAGCUAUUUAAUGAAGAUUCAUGAAAAGUUGUGCCAUUAUGAACAGCAGAGUCCAGUCCCAGUUCUGCACAGUGCCUCAGCUCUUGCAGAAGAUGUGAUAGAAGAAUUGCAGACGGCACCAAUGAAUAAUGAUGAGAAAGAACUGCUCCAGUUGCUGUCAACUCCUCAUCUCAGGGCGAUGCUGGUUGUUCAUGACACAGUUGCCCAGAAGAAUUUUGACCCUGUUCUCCCUCCUUUGCCGGAUAAUAUUGAUGAUGAUUUUGACGAAGAGUCGGUGAAAAUAGUUCGCCUGGUGAAGAAUAAAGAACCAUUGGGUGCAACGAUCAGGAGGGAUGAGCACACAGGAGCUGUGAUUGUGGCACGGAUCAUGAGGGGAGGGGCGGCUGACCGCAGUGGUCUUGUCCAUGUUGGGGAUGAACUCCGAGAAGUCAAUGGGAUUACUGUGCUUCACAAACGGCCAGAGGAAAUUAGCCAGAUUCUGGCUAGUCCCCAGGGAUCAAUAACGCUGAAAAUAAUUCCAGCCGUUAAGAAGAAGGAUCGACUGAAGGAUAGUAAGGUAAGGAGAAGCCCUCUUUCAUAAAACCCUAAAAGAUAAAAAGCUAUCCCUUGCCAAGAGGCUGGGCUGCCAUUCAGAAGAGCAAACUUGGAGUGGUGCGACCAGGAUGACCCAAUCUGGCAAGCCCAAGCGGGGCGUGACAAAAAACUCCGGGCAGUCUAUCACUUCCAAGCAUUCCAACGAAAGCGUUUGAUGUACAGAAGGACAAUUGGCAUGCUGCACAACACCCGAAGUGUCACAAAACCACUCUAUGAUCAGUCUUCUGAGAAAGAAGACUGUGAUUGUGAAGGAUACUUCAAUGGACAAUAUAUAGCUGGCUUGAGGCGGAGUUUCCGGCUGAGCCGAAAGGACAAGCAGAAUGGCCAGAAUGAAGCCAAGCAAGUUGAGCAAACCCAGACCUCAGAACUCCUCACAUACGAGGAAGUCACCAAAUACCAGCAGCAGCCAGGAGACAGAAAGAGGCUAGUGGUUUUAAUUGGUUCUUUGGGGUCCCGGUUAAAUGAACUCAAGCAGAAGGUGGUAGCUGAGAACCCACAGGAGUAUGGGGUUGCUGUACCACAUACAACGAGGACCAAGAAGAGUCAUGAAAAGGAGGGUGUAGAGUACAACUUUGUUUCAAAACAAUCGUUUGAAAUUGAUGUGCAACAUAACAAGUUUGUGGAACAUGGGGAGUAUAAGGAGAAUCUCUACGGGACAAGCCUUGAAGCAAUACAGACAGUCAUGUCCAAAAAUAAAAUUUGCCUUGUGGAUGUGGUGCCUGAGGCUGUGAAGCACUUGAGGACGGCGGAAUUCAAGCCAUACGUUGUGUUUGUGAAGCCUGUUGUCUUAGAGAAGAAAAAGAAUGUGCCGACAUCUCUAUCACCAGAUGACAUCUUUGUUCCACUGGAUGAGGAGCAGCAAGAAAUGGUUAAUUCUGCUAUCUUCAUUGAAGAACAGUAUGGCCACCUGAUUGACACUGUCUUGGUGAAGGAAGAUCUCCAUAGCGCUUGCACCCAAUUGAAAACCAUAUUGGAGAAACUGAGUACAGACUCCUUUUGGGUACCAGUCUCUUGGGUUAGAUCAUAGUUCUGUGUGCUGUGCCAAAAAUGUUGUAAAUAGAAUGGAUGGAUGAGUGGAUGAUCAAAAGGGAAAAAAAUGUACUCCGGAACAGUUAGUUUCUUCAGAUGAGCAGCAAAGAGAAGCCUUCUCCAUCUAGGAAUAUAUUCUGAUGGAAACCUAUAGCUUCACAGAAAAGGACAAACAUUGCAACGGAAUGGAAAGUCAUCACUGAAUUCAAUGCAGAGACAUGUGCAUCAUCGAACAAUAGCCUUAUUUCAGAUUCCAAGUACCUGGAAGGAUACUUUUAGCUUGUUUUAAACUUGCAAGUUAGGCUCAACGAGUGGUGAUCCAGACCAAGGUUGCUUCCAGACAGAAGUGCACCCAUUUGGAAAGGAUUGUGCACCUAUUCUGUCUUUUUCUCUAUAAUGCAUAUUUUUGCUGAUAAGAAAGAAGAAUCAUAGAGUUGGAAGAGACCAAACAGUGCUGGAAAAAUAUGGGAGAAUUAUAAAAUAUUGAAAAACAUGGAAAA